AUGAAGUUCUCUAACACCCUCCUGCUUAUCGCCCCCUUGACUGCCCUCGCGGCUGAGACAUUUGGUGCACACGGUGGUGCGGUGGCUCAGGCUGGCGCCAAGGUCCAUCAGCGCGAGGAGUCCACUGCCUUCAGCCCUGCCCAGGAUGACGCCAAAGCCUACAAGCGCGGCCAGGACGAUGCGAAGGCUUACAAGCGCGGUCAAGAUGACGCCAAGGCGUACAAGCGUGGCCAAGAUGAUGCGAAGGCCUACAAGAGAGGUCAGGAUGACGCGAAGGCUUACAAGAGAGGUCAGGACGAUGCCAAAGCCUACAAGCGCGGCCAGGACGAUGCGAAGGCUUACAAGCGCGGUCAAGAUGACGCCAAGGCGUACAAGCGUGGUCAAGAUGAUGCGAAGGCCUACAAAAGAGGUCAAGAUGACGCCAAGGCCUAUAAGCGCGGUCAAGACGAUGCCAAAGCCUACAAGAGAGGCCAGGAUGACGCUAAGGCUUAUAAGCGUGGCCAAGAUGACGCGAAGGCAUACAAGAGAGGUCAGGACGAUGCCAAAGCCUACAAGCGCGGCCAGGAUGAUGCUAAGGCCUACAAGCUUUUGUAA